GCCCCUUACCCUAAAGGUCCCAACUGCUGCUAAGGGAUGAGUAAUCUUGCCUGACAUCAGGGCUAAGUGGAACAAUCUAGAACUUCAUCAUAAAGGAUGACACGUCACUGUUUCUAUGGUAACCAACUGCUAUAAGUGGGCCAGAGUUGAGAAAACCGCUCAGAAGCCCAUCAGCCUACAAUGCCAACUAAGACCAGAUAACAACCCUUUCAAGUCAACUCAGAAAUGUGCCUCUGUCCCACCAUCCUUUCCUGGAUUCUACUACCAACUGCUUAAACUUAAAAGUAAGUUUUACCUUAAGACUCCCUUUAUACCAGACAUGUUGGUGGCCGGGGUGAACGCAACAUUGGCUUCCCAGACCUCAAUCCUCAGGGUGACUACCCAGUCCCCAUGCCACGAAAGGGAGGGGGAAGGGGAUCCCAGUGGCCGAGAAGGUAGCCGGACCAAGGAAAUGACCUGCAGGUACUUCCUGAAUGGGUUUUGUCGAGAAGGGGACAACUGCCAGUAUUCUCAUGGGCUGUCCAAGGAUCCCGAGACCGUGGUGUGCAGUAAUUUUCAGUGUACUCAGGAAGACUGCCGCCGAAAUGAAGACCAGGAGCCUCAAGUAGAUCCCAAAUUCCCUCCUCCUCCACCUUCCCAGAGCUUCCCACCCCUAACUGAUCCUCUUGUUGACUGUAAUAUUGGUGCGGCAAAACCACUGAAAGGCAAUUUUGAAGCUAUAGGAGCAAGUACAGACGACUGGGUUUAUGCUAUUGAGUUUGUUCCGGGGCAGCCCUACUAUGGUCGCUUUGUCCAUCCCUGCACUGAAGGCUCCCCAAAGGGCCGUAGAGUCGAGGAAAACUUCAGGGGGAGCCUAACAGAGGAGGAACCAGGGGAGCCUGCAGUCCAAGAAAGCCCUCAGAAGGAGAGCCCCGUGUAUCCCAACGAAGAUUCGCGCCAUUUGUGCCGCCCGCGGGUCCGGAACACCGGGGACACUGUCCGGAGCCUGAGACGUAUUAGACCCUGCCUGGAGGCCCACGAGAAGGACAAGAAGCUGGCAUUUGCAGUACAGCGCAGCCGCCAUCUAGUGUGUGGGAUUUGCAAGGAGGUGAUUUACCAGAAGGCCAACCCCAAGGAGAUACGCUUUGGGAUCCUAUCCAACUGCAGCCACACCUUCUGCCUCAAAUGCAUCCGCCAGUGGAGAGGCGAUGAGCAGUUGGAGAAUAAAAUCCUCAAGGCCUGCCCAGAAUGCCGAGUCACCUCCAGUUUCAUCGUCCCAAGUGAGUUCUGGGUGGAGGAGCAGGAGGAAAAGCAGAAGCUCAUUGAGAAGUACAAAGAAGCAAUGAGUAACAAGCCCUGCCGUUAUUUUGAUGGAGGCCGCGGUAACUGUCCCUAUGGUACCAACUGCUUUUACAAACACAACUCCUCCGGGGAAGAGCCUCACAAUUUCGCCAAGGGAAUCUAGGUGCUGUAGUCCAGCCCUGAGGCCUCCUGGGAACUGACAGGCUACAGGGCGCAGCAACCUCGGAUGACAACAAAAAGGACUGAACUUACUCGGGGAAGAGGGUUGCUGAACACGGAUACAGUAACUAUUGCGAAGAGAUAGAAUGGAACAACUACGAGAAAUGACAGGGGUCUCCUGAGGGCUCAGGUCUGAGCAUGCGCAGCAGGCUUGCGGGGCAAACACUUCCCUGGACAAUCCGAACACAAGAGCGGCCUUGUCCACCGGCCCGCCUCUGAAGUGUUACCUAGCGGUGCUUUUUAACUGCUGUAAGGAGCUCUCCUUUGGGGGCCUUUUUGUGAACACCCACCCUGCAGGAAAUGUGUUGUUUCCUCUGUCGAAAAAGUGAUGAGGAAUAAAGCUAAAACGUAUCCUGUG